AUGGCCAGCGAAAUGAAUGUUGAUCUCGAAGAACAGAAGAAGGCGCCUGCCCUGGAUCUUUUUGUGGUUUCUGAACCUACCUCUGAAGAGAUCCUGAGUGCAACGCCCGAAAAGAACAAAGGCGUUGAUAGCUCCCAUGGUUCCUCAAAGACUCAAAGCGUCGACGGGAAUCCCCCCCUCCUUUCAUUUCCACCUAGUAGUGUCACUGGCGCUCGAUGGCCUCUUGUGGUUCUUUCGAUUUUAUCAUCAACCUUUCUCUUCUCACUUGAUAACACAAUCAGUACCGACGUGCAGCCCGCAGUCGUUCGACAGUUUUCAUUAGUCGAUAAAUUAGCCUGGCUUCUUGUAUCCUUUCUCCUUGGCGCAUCUGGAACAGAUCUCUUCUGGUAA